ACAACUAUUCUGACUGCUUAACUAUCAUUCUAUUCCCUAUAUAAACCUCACUCUCCUCUCUACUUCAAUUCAUCUCACUCUUUUUCCUUUCUAUUAUUAUUACUAAUCUUCCAAUUCUCAGUUUAAUUUCGUGAGAUAAUGAUCGCCAUGAAACGCGCUGCUUCCUCUGCCGUUCGUUCUUUGCUCACUUCUUCUUUGAUCUCUUCUUCCACCUUCACCAGGAACAUUCAUAAGAAGAUUGUGGGGGUGUUCUACAAAGGCAAUGAGUAUGCUUCCCUGAAUCCCAAUUUCGUUGGAUGUGUUGAAGGAGCUUUGGGUAUACGUGAGUGGCUCGAAUCACAGGGUCAUCAGUACAUUGUCACUGAUGACAAAGAAGGACCCGGUUGUGAACUUGAGAAACACAUUCCUGAUCUCCAUGUCCUGAUAUCUACACCAUUUCACCCGGCCUAUGUCACCGCGGAAAGGAUAAAGAAAGCUAAAAAUUUAGAACUGCUUUUGACUGCUGGCAUUGGUUCUGAUCACAUUGAUCUUAAUGCUGCUGCUGCUGCUGGUUUAACUGUGGCAGAGGUCACAGGAAGCAAUGUGGUAUCGGUUGCAGAGGAUGAACUGAUGAGAAUCCUCAUUCUAAUGAGGAAUUUCUUGCCUGGAUACAAGCAGGCUAUUAGUGGAGAAUGGAAUGUUGCUGGCAUUGCAUAUAGAGCUUAUGAUCUUGAAGGAAAGACAAUUGGAACUAUUGGUGCAGGAAGAAUUGGGAAGCUUUUACUCCAAAGGUUGAAACCCUUUAACUGUAAUCUUCUGUAUCAUGAUCGCCUUAAGAUGGAUCCAGAAUUGGAGAAACAAAUUGGAGCUAAGUUUGAGGAGGACCUUGAUGCAAUGCUUCCAAAGUGUGAUGUAAUUGUUAUGAAUACCCCUCUCACUGACCAGACAAGAGGAUUUUUUGACAAAAAUAGAAUUGCCAAGUGCAAGAAAGGUGUCUUGAUUGUUAACAAUGCUCGAGGAGCACUUAUGGACACCCAAGCAGUUGCAGAUGCUUGCUCUAGUGGGCACAUUGCAGGUUACAGUGGUGAUGUUUGGUUCCCACAACCAGCUCCAAAGGAUCAUCCAUGGCGCCAUAUGCCAAACCAUGCCAUGACUCCUCAUGUUUCUGGAACCACCAUAGAUGGACAGCUACGUUAUGCUGCUGGGGUCAAAGAUAUGCUUGAGAGGCACUUUAAGGGUGAAGACUUUCCUGAACAAAACUACAUUGUCAAGGAGGGUCAACUUGCAAGCCAGUAUCGGUGAAGAAUGUAUCGGGUGUUUAUAAAUCCUUCCAAUGUUAAGGUCAUUGGAUGACCACAUAAAAAUCAGGAAGGAACUCAUAAUGUACUUGCUUUGUUGAAUUUGAACUCGUUUAUUUGAUGUUGGAAAUAAAACUGAAAUGAACACCA